AUGCCGAAGGUACCCCGAGCCUUGGCCGGCAGCCCGGCGGCCAGGAGGCAGCAGCCGGAGCAGCAACUGCAGCCUCCAUCACCUCAGCAGCAGCAACAACAGAAGCAGCUGCGGCCUUACCGUCGCCAGCGGCGGCAGGAGGUGCGGAUCUCGCAGCUGAUCCUCCAGGCGCUGUCGGCCCGCAAGCAGCGGGGCGCCCUGUCGCUCAACUCCCUCCGCAAGGCGCUGCUGGACAGCGGCUACGACGUGGAGCGCAACAAGAACCGGGUGCAGCUGGCCAUCCAGAACUUAGUGAGCAGCGGCUCGCUGGUGCAGACCACGGCCACCGGAUCCCUCAAGCUCGGCGCCGGCCACAAGCAGCAGACCGAACCGCCUCCAGGGACGGAGCCGCCGACGACCACGUCCCUGAUCCCACCCACAGAAGGGAGUGUUUCUGCCUGCGCCAGGGAGGAAACUCAGCAACCCGAUAAGAAGCCCCGCAGAAGACGGGUCACGAGGAAGACAAGGACGAAGACUAGGAAGUGA